AUGGUAGCCUAUAAGGGCACAAGGGCUGGUAACCUUCGCCAGUAUGUCGCAAAGAAGCCUGACAAGUGGGGCUUCAAGUUGUUCUACCGCUCCAGUGUGGAUGGGUUUGUGCAUGAUAUUCUCAUGUACCAAGGGGAGACAACCUUUGUGAGCCACCAUACUAUGCUAUCUGAGGAGGAUAAAGCCAUGUCCGUAACUUCCAAGUUUGUUGUCGCCUUAGUGAAUACCAUCAAGGACCCCAGUAACUCAGCAGUGUAUGCAGACAACUACUUGACAAGUAUAGGGUUGGCCAAGUACCUGAGAUCACGGUAUGGAUGCCGGUAUGUGGGCACUGCCAGUGAAAACCGAGUUGGUUAUCCUCCCCUGACGUCUGUGAAGGAGAUGAACAAGAAAGCGACACAAAGGGGGACACUGGACUAUGUCUCUUCUGAUGGCAUCCUUGUUGCAAGAUGGAAGGACAAUAGCGUUGUGACAAUCUUGUCCUCUGAUGUUGGUGUGGAGCCCAUGGGAACAGUGGAGCGGUACGACAGGGCAGCCAAGAAGAAGGUUCCCAUUCCUUUCCCAUCUGUCAUCCAGAUGUACAACAACCGCAUGGGGGGCAUUGACAAGAGUGACAUGUUGACACACCUGUACAGGACCCCCUUCAAAGCAGAGGUGCUACAUGAGGCUCUUUGCUUACCUCCUUGA